CAGCCCAGUCGGCCUGGGCAGCCGGCUUCCAAACUCGGGCCCCGGGCGCCUGCGCGGCGGCGGCAGCAGCGACUAUGGCGGCGGAGGAGGAGGUGGACUCGGCAGACACGGGCGAGAGGUCAGGAUGGCUAACUGGCUGGCUGCCCACCUGGUGCCCUACAUCUACAGCACAUCUUAAAGAAGCUGAAGAGAAAAUGCUGAAAUGUGUCCCCUGCACAUACAAAAAGGAGCCUGUUCGUAUAUCUAAUGGAAACAAAAUAUGGACACUGAAGUUCUCUCAUAGUAUUUCAAAUAAAACUCCGCUUGUCCUCCUCCAUGGUUUUGGAGGAGGUCUGGGACUCUGGGUGUUGAAUUUUGGAGAUCUUUGCACCGAUAGGCCUGUCUACGCUUUUGACCUGCUGGGCUUUGGACGAAGCAGUAGACCCAGGUUUGACAGCGAUGCGGAAGAAGUGGAAAAUCAGUUUGUGGAAUCCAUUGAAGAGUGGAGAUGUGCCCUAGGGUUGGACAAAAUGAUCUUACUUGGUCACAACCUGGGUGGCUUCUUGGCUGCUGCUUACUGUCUGAAGUACCCGUCGAGGGUGAGUCAUCUAAUUUUAGUGGAGCCUUGGGGUUUUCCUGAGCGACCAGACCUUGCUGAUCAAGACCGACCCAUUCCGGUGUGGAUCAGAGCCCUGGGAGCAGCACUGACUCCGUUUAACCCUUUAGCUGGCCUCAGGAUUGCAGGGCCCUUCGGUUUAAGUCUGGUGCAACGUUUACGACCGGAUUUCAAACGGAAAUAUUCAUCAAUGUUUGAAGAUGACACUGUGACGGAGUACAUCUACCACUGCAACGUGCAGACUCCAAGUGGGGAGACAGCUUUCAAGAACAUGACAAUUCCUUACGGGUGGGCCAAAAGGCCCAUGCUGCAGCGCAUCGGGAAGAUGCACCCAGACAUUCCCGUGACAGUCAUCUUCGGCGCCCGCUCCUGCAUCGACGGCAACUCUGGCACCAGCAUCCAGUCCCUACGACCGCACUCCUACGUGAAGACCAUCGCUAUUCUUGGAGCCGGGCAUUACGUGUAUGCAGAUCAACCUGAAGAGUUCAAUCAGAAAGUCAAGGAGAUCUGUGACAGCGUGGACUGAGCGCGGGGAGGCUCCGGCGGAGCUGCUGGCCGGCAGGACUCCUCAGCAGCGAUCCCCGUCUACGUCGAGGAGAGCAAGUGUAAGAACGAGGCGUCUUCCCGACUGUCCCGGGCACAUGUCUUCUUUAGGAAGUCACUUGCACACUCACACCAAUUAGUGCCUUCUAAAGGAACAGCUUUCUCCUAUACAAAAUUGAAAUGCACAAGAGUCUCCAAACUUAAUAGCUUUAAAUAAAGGGUUAUUGUCCCUCUGAUGUACUGAAAAAUUGUUAGUUUUUCAAUGAAAAGUUUUUUUUUUUUCAUUUUUAUCUAACUUUGCUAGCUGAUUACCUUUAAUAUUGCAGUCUAUAAUUGCCAAUUUAAAAAAAUAAUUUCAGGGUCGAUUAUGUUAUAUAUUAUGUAGGUGCACUUUAUUUUCCUUGUCUGUGUGUUUGUUCAGUCAAAUAACUGAUAUAGUGCAUCCAAAUUCAAUGUGUUUCUAUGUAAGCAUUUCUAUUUUUUUCCUUUGGAAUACUUCAUUUUUGAAAUGGAGUAAAAAGAUAAGUUUUUGGCUCACAGGAUGGGAAUUAAUCACUAACAUGAAUUUUUUUGGUUUUUCUCUUUUUUAUAUUUAAGGCUGCAAAGCCACGUUCAGCAUUUUAAAUGUAGCUCAAUGCUGCACAGUCGCAGCUAACCCCUGGAAAUGUGUACAUGUCACUGAAUUUUCUACUUCUAAUGAAACAUAUCAAUUCUUAAAUGACUCAUAUACUGAAAAGCCUUAACUAAAAGCCUGUCCUGUUUUAUUCCCCGUUGAAACUGUUCCUUUCUAUGAACCAGGGCCUAGCACCUGGGUCAGCUCUCCUCAGGUAAGCUGGAAUCUCAACAUUGUCUCACUCCUGGCAAGCAAGGCAUGUCAUGUUCUCAUUAACAUCCAAAUCUUGUACAGGCUGCUAAAACUGGAUUACGUUUUUACCACUAAAAUAUUAAAAUGGGUGGUGCUGUUAUGUCCCAUAGCACAUGAAAUGAGCUAGAACUUGGGUUUAUUUUUUAAUUAGGAGUAUCAUGUUGACUGAAUCAUUUAAAUACUUGAAGUUAAAGUGCAAAAAUGACAUAGUGUGGAUUGAACUGUUAGUAACUGCCAUCAAGCAUAGCACUUGCUUGAGAUUUUAAAGAGAGGAAAUCUUUGAAGCUGUGAAAAAGCUCCAUUUGUAACUGGCUGCUGGGGAAAACCCUCUAAAAAAGGAAAUUGAGAUGAAUUGUCUGCCACAAGGCAUGUUUGCCUUGGGUCCUGCUGCCUAUUUGUCUAGGAGAAAGGCAGGUUAUAUAAAUAAACAGUGAACUAGAGCAUAUAAUGGGUUAAUGCUUUGGGUUAUUGCACUUUUAAAAUGGUUAAUUAGGAAAUUUAAGGUUGCAUCACUGUUGAUUAACUGCCAGAAAGACUGAAUGUGCUGUUUUCAGCAUUACCUCCCCAACGAAGGCAUAGGCAAAUAAUACUGAAGCCUGGCCAAAAGCUUCCCAAUGAAGCGCGUGUCUCCUUUGUCAGAUUAACUAGGUUAGUGCACGCAGGCAACAUGGGAAUCAAGAUGGGCCAUCUGAUGUCUCAAGAACAAAAACAGCUGAUAGUAGCAUCUUAGAUGGCCAAAUCCAGAGCUGUAAGUGGCACAAACAAUUAAGGUCAUUUUUUUGGAAGCACUCUUCAGUCUUUCUUAAUUAUCCUUUGCGGGGUAGAUGCCAGUUGUCAAUUGUACAAGGUUUCUGCGUGGGAAACUUGGUCCCUUGGAGGUAAAUGACUUGUUUCACUUAGUGAAUGGGGUUUAUGACCACAGGUGUGCCAAGUGAUUCAGGAAAAACGUAUACCUAACUAUCCAAUGAGACUUAUUUCUCUGCUGACUGAAUCUACUGUAUUUGAAAUAUGUCAUAAUUCUUGAACAGUCGCAUUUUACCUUGAGGUAUUUGUAAUUUUCUGAACAUUGAACAAGCAGAAAAUCACAAUCCCAGAAUUCUUACAAAUACAGUGGGUGCUAAAUGUUUUCUUAAAAUUCGAUUGCAGUAUUUGGUGUUGCUAAGUUACACACAAUGUAUUUUAACAAAUAAAAUUUGCUGUGGUGGUCACAAA